UGAGCCUGCACAGUUUUGCUGCUUCUUCUUCCUUGUCUGGAAUAGCCACUUAAUUAUCCCAUGCCUUUUCCAUGCUUUUCAUUAAGGGACACAGCUGGUCAGACAUGGUUUCCCAUCUCCUAUGGCUAAUUCUUCUGGGCUUAUCCAGAACGCCGAAGCCAUCAGAAAGUUUAAACUUCAACGGCAGUCUAAAGGCGUCCAUCCAGCUCUCCAACAGCUCCUUGUUCAGCUGGAAUAACUACAGCCUGGCCGAGUGGCAGAACUUCAUCGAGAACAGGCGCUACGGGGUGGAAUCCCAAAACCCCAUGGUGAAGGCGCUUCUAAUCGUGGCGUAUUCUUUCAUCAUCGUCUUUUCACUCUUCGGGAAUGUCUUGGUGUGCCACGUGGUCAUCAAAAACAAAAGGAUGCACUCGGCAACUAGUUUGUUCAUCGUCAACCUGGCCGUGGCGGAUAUUAUGAUUACACUGUUGAACACGCCUUUCACGCUGGCUCGCUUUGUGAACAGCACCUGGAUGUUCGGGAAAGGCAUGUGCCACGUGAGCCGCUUUGCACAGUACUGUUCCCUGCACGUCUCUGCUCUAACACUGACAGCAAUCGCAGUGGACAGGCACCAGGUUAUCAUGCAUCCGUUAAAGCCUCGGAUAUCAACUGUUAGAGGGGUGGCUUAUAUUGCCAUCAUCUGGAUAAUGGCGUCCUGUUUCUCUCUGCCUCAUGCCAUUUACCAAACACUCUUCACCUUUGAAUACAGUGAGGAAGAUAUCAGAAGUUUAUGUCUCCCUGAAUUCCCUGAACCGUCUGAGCUGUUCUGGAAAUACCUGGACCUGGCCACCUUCAUCCUACUCUACGUUCUCCCACUGCUGAUCAUCUCCGUGGCCUACACCACAGUGGCAAAAAAGCUGUGGCUUCGGAAUGCCAUAGGCGAUGUGACUACCGAACAGUAUUUUGCUCUCCGCAGGAAAAAGAAGAAGACCAUUAAGAUGCUGAUGCUGGUAGUUGUCCUCUUUGCUGUGUGCUGGUUCCCACUAAACUGUUACGUUGUCCUCCUCUCCAGCCAAAUCAUUCGCACUAACAAUGCCCUUUAUUUUGCAUUUCACUGGUUUGCUAUGAGCAGCACCUGCUACAACCCAUUUAUAUACUGUUGGCUUAAUGACAACUUCCGAUCGGAGUUGAAAGCGUUGCUUAACAUGUGCAAAAAACAGACCAGCCAGCGGGAGGACAUGCUUCCUACUAACAUUCCUUCAUAUAGGGUGGCUUGGCCUGAAAACCGAAGCUUCAAGAGGUCGCUAGUCUCUCACACCCUUCCAUCGUCCUCUAACAUCCAGUCUGGAAAGACGGACAUCUCAGCAGUGGAGCCCAUUGUGUCAGUUGGGUGAUCAUAAAUGGUCUUCAAAAGGGCCAAGAUGUCUUUCUCCAAGGUGAAGGACCAUCUAUUAUACUUACUUGAGCUGUCAGCCGACUCGUUGGUGUUCAGAAAACAGAACUUUCCCAUAAAUAUGGCAUUAGUGUUUAUGAAUGUAUUCCAUGGCAGGAUGUUUGCAGGGUCUGUUAUGGAUCCUGUUGUGUAUA